ACUCGGUCUGCCGAGGCCAAGGCGUGAGCUUUGGGCUCAGCUGCUCGCGCCUCUUUCUCUCUCCUCCUCCUGCUCCUGGCAGCCCCUGCGCGGCCCCGGCCAUGAUUGUGGAUAAUAGCCGGGAUGCGCGGUUAGAUGGCGAUUCCGGCUCUCUGAGCAGCCCGUUCAAUUUGGCCUUUUUCUACGGAGCCUCCCCUCGCUCCAGCGAGGGGAGCUGCUCGCCCACCCCCUCCGCUCCGGGAUCCCCCGGAUCCGACUCGGAGCCCUCGGGCAAUGGCAGUACGGGCGGCAACUACAUCAGGAAGAAGCGCUAUUCCCGGAGCGGCGCGCGCUCUGCUGCAGAAGCUGAGCAACAUAUGGGGGGAGGAAAGCAACAAAGAGGACCUUUCCAAGGUGUUCGUGUAAAAAACUCUGUGAAAGAAUUGUUGUUGCAUCUUAGAAAUAGCAAGCAGAUGUCCUCAGAUCAUGGAACAGAGGAAUUAAAGACGCAAGGAGCAUUGAUAAACCAUGAUCCCUAUACAGUAGAACUAAAGAAUAUAUUGACUCAUAAUCGGAAAAGAAAAGCUCUAGACUGCCUUUCUGAUGGAGUGUGUUACAAAAGAACAGUUACUUUGCAACCUCACCUCUUGACACCUCCACAGACACCAACUUCCAUGGAUAAUAAUAUGGAGGAUCCCCAUAAUAAUGAGCCCAAGCAAGAUAGCAGUUGUGAUAUGCUGCAGAAUAUUAUCAAUAUUAAGAAUGAAUCCAGUCCAGUGUCUCUGAACACUGUACAGGUUAGCUGGCUUCAUACCAUGGUCAAUCCUAACUCUCCAGGGGAACAGCAGUAUCAAGAGAUUGGGGCACAAGCUUUUUCACCUGCUCAAAAGUACCAAGCUUUUCAAACAAGCAGCUCUUCUCCAAUGCUGGAACUGCCCCAGAAUUAUCAGUUUUCUCCUUCUCAGCAACAGCAGGAUAUGUCCCAGCAUUGUCUUCCAUUGCUGGAAUACAGGCCACACUCUGCAGGCAGCCAUUCCUCUGAAUAUCAACAGAAUGUUUUUGAGACCCAAGAACUGCCAUAUUGUACCACAGAAAGUUUUGCUUCUCUCUUAAAUGACUCAGAAGGGCCAGAUAACAUCUCUGCUCCACUCCCUCAAGCAAUGUCUAGUGGCCACCAGCAAACUGAUGUCAGCAGCUGCACUCAGCAUUUCAGCCAGAUCUCAAAUAACACGUCCAGCAGUCUUGAGGAACAUGGUUUAUCUCUGUCUUCUUCAAAUAUAUCUCUGCAACUUCAGGGCAGUACAGGAAACACAACUCAGUUGGGCAAAUCAUUUUUUCAGUGGCAAGUGGAACAGGAAGAAGGCAAAAUGGCCAAUAUCUCUCAAGACCAGAUUCUUGCUAAAGAUUCUGAUGGUGACACAUUUCUCCACAUUGCAGUUGCCCAGGGAAGACGGGCAGUUUCCUAUGUGCUGGCAAGGAAGAUGGUAGCCCUGCACAUGCUGGAUAUUAAAGAACACAAUGGCCAGAGUGCCCUACAGGUGGCUGUGGCUGCAAAUCAGCAUCUUAUUGUCCAGGACCUGGUUAGUCUUGGGGCACAAGUGAAUACUACAGAUUGCUGGGGUAGAACUCCAUUGCAUGUGUGUGCUGAGAAAGGUCAUGCACAAGUCCUUCAGGCAAUCCAGAAAGGAGCCAUUGUAAGCAGUCAGUAUGUUGAUUUGGAGGGAACUAAUUAUGAUGGUUUGACAGCGUUGCACUGCGCAGUAGUGGUCCACAAUGCCGUGGUACAUGACUUACAGAGGCAGCAGUCACCUCACACUCCUGAGGUCCAGGAAUUAAGACUGAAAAGCAAGAGGUUGGCGGAUACAAUCAAAUUUCUGAUUCAGAUGGGGGCCUUUGUUGAAGCCAGGGAUCGUAAAAGUGGCCGUUCAGCCCUUCACCUAGCAGCUGAAGAAGCAAAUGUGGAACUCCUUCGACUGUUUUUAGAGCUCCCAAAUUAUCUCUCUUUUAUCAAUGCCAAGGCUUACAAUGGCAACACCGCACUCCAUGUAGCUGCUAGCUUGCAGCAUCGAGUGACUCAGCUGGAUGCAGUUCGUUUGUUGAUGCGCAAAGGAGCUGAUCCAAGUGCCAGGAAUUUGGAAAAUGAGCAGCCAGUUCACUUGGUUCCUGAUAGCCCUGUUGGAGUUGAGAUAAGACGGAUCUUAAAAGGGAAGACAAUUCACCAGAGAUCAUCAGUCUAUUAAGCUCCAUGAGUAAAAAUGACCCAUACUCGCUGUCAGUUAGGCAGCCCCUAUGUAACUGUAAAUAGACCAUUUGUCUGGUGGAGGCAAAUGUUUGUUGUUUCUAUGAAACAAAAAUAUUUUGUUCACUAUUAUAUAGUGGGUUAAUAACAAUUCUUCUGCACAAUUGGGAAUAUUUCAUACCAAGUAUUCUGGAACAGUUGAAUUACUCCAUUAAGCAGUUUAAGAUAUCAAGAACAAAACUGACAGUUACAGUCCUAUAUAUAUUUACCUAAGAGUAAUUCCUGCUCAGUGGGCUGUAUUGCUUAUUGGACUUGUAUUGGAUUGCCUUGACUUGGCAUUGAGGCAUAGCAAAUAUUAAGAAUAACAAAUACCAAGAGCAAACACUUUUGCUGUGGCUUAUGAUAUAAAAUAUAAGCAUCUUAAGAAUACUAAGAAUGUACUAAUAGUCAUUUAUUUUUUAGCUUUUUUUCUUUUUAUGUAAUUCUUUAUAUUGUUAUUUUGAGCAGUUAUAAUUCACUGAACUGUAAUAAAAGCUCUAAUAAUUUAAACCUUUUACAAUGGGGAAUUCUGUGUAGAAUUCAGUUAAGUUUUUAAAAAGUUUUUAAUGCCACUGUAUGUAUUUGUUAAAGGAAUUGUUUUUGUGGGACACUUUUCCAAGUGGCUUAGAAAGAAACAUUGUCUAUAUGAAGUUUUCAUUAGUCACAGCAAUAAUUUAUGAACAUUUAAAAAAAUAAUGCUGGCCUUGUGUUCAUUUUUUUUAAAGUAUUCAAAUUGAUCCUUCAUUCUGGUAGCUGAGUUUAUAUAUUACAUCAAAUUAUUCAUGUUUGUAACAAAAAAUCAAAAGAGCUCAAUAGAAUAAAUAAGCAGUAGUAUCACACAGAGAUUCAAUUAGAGUCUAAAAUGAACUGCAUUUGAUCAAAAUGAUGAUGUCGAUUCAGUAUCAUAUAUAUACUUUUGGUGAUUUGUAAAAAUCUUUCCAAGAAUCAAAGAAGUUGGGAUUACCUGUUACAUCCCAAUACCAUCCAUUCACAGACAAAUGAAGCUGUAUUGUCUUUAUACAACAACAUGCAGUGAUUAAUUGUACUGAUGGCCACUCCUUACAUGGCUUUGUAGAAGAUAGAUUUGUCAAUGGCUAUUGAGCAUGAUACCUCUGUGGAAUUUGAAGAGGAAUAUGAACUUCAAGAGGCAGUAUGCUUUGAAAUACUGGUUGUUUUGAAGUUUAUUGUAUACAUAUCUGCUUAUGAUAGGGGUGCAAAAAGUGAUUUUUGUGACUCUCAGUGGUCCCAAAGAUUUCGGUCCUUUUUUUUUUUUUU